UAGUGCGUAGGGCUCUCCAGAUCCUUAAGCCACGAGUACACGAGUAAAUUAAACAGCCGAACGUUAGUUAAAAAUGCGAUCCGUACUACUGAUUUGAUCAUUAUAAUAUUUUUAUUAUAGCAUUUUUGUUUUUUUUUAUUUACCUACCAUCGUUUUCAGUAGUGAUCGUCCGGGUUCGCACAAAUUAUGCGAGAUUGCGUAUGUGGAUGAUAUAGUGUGAAGAAUGACAAAUACACCCGCUGUCAAAGGAAUACCAUUUUCAACAUCUCCAGCAUUAGAGAAGACGUUACUAAAAUCGAUCAAGCCUGCUGCCGGAACACCUCUGUUACGACAUAUAUCGAAACAACUGCAUGAUCUCAGAAAUGUGCAAUCGUGGGACGGACUGGCCAAUAACACGCAGAUGGGAACCAAGAUCGCUGCGAUCCCUACAUUUACUGAAACUUUUACUACAAAACCCAAAAGGGUCAUUGUCGCUCAACCUAAGCCUCUACCGAUUGCCAUCCAAAAGCGGUCCCCGUUAAGCCUGCGAGCCCCGCCUGCUGACAAGUGGUCUUUCCAGAAGUUAGGUCCUGCACUGACCGACAGCAAUCACCUAAUUCCGUCAACCGUCUUAGGAAACAUACAUAACUACCCAGAGGGGAGCUGUCAAAAGCAAAGCAAAUCAACUGAUUUGGUGAGUCCAUUGGCAAAGACCUUCCAACAUGUCGUACCGUUAUUUGAGAACCGGAUAAUCGAUCAGCGCAAGAAAACCGAAGUACAUGACGCUUCGUCGCGAUGUUUGGUUAAAUUUGAACGUAUUGCUUGCCAGCGUCGAGAGAUGGCAAAUGGUUUAGCCAAAAGACUGAAUCGCCCGGUCAAGGACUUAGUGCUGAGCGAUGUCGACAAUUUUCGUUUUAAGAAAGAACGCGACGCGCUGAACGAAGUCCAAGCGGGUCCGCGCUCAGUGUACGAAACUUCCGGUCCUGGACUACGUCCUGUAGGUGGCAUGGAUAAAGUGAUACCUGAUCUACUGAAAAAUCCGCCAUAUGAAAACCUUUCUUUCACAGGAAAGCCCAGGAGUCUGAAAGUUCUUACUGGUUCGGCUUCAGCACAAUGCAAUGGGAAACAACAACUUAUCACUGAAAGGUAUCGUCAAUGUUUAGCGAUGGCUUCCAAGAAAGCACUACCGCCUGGAAUGCGGCAGCCGAGCUUCGAUAAUUUGUUGGUUGAAGGCACAAACGCACCUAGCUCAUCUCGUUUGCCGAGUGGAGAACAAUCUUGCGCAAUGGGCCCUCAAAUCGAUCUCCUAUCGGCUGAUCUUGCAUCCCCUAUACCAACAACGCGCGACAUUUUUUCGGUACAUGACACCAAGGUGCUCGACGAAGAAUGUUCCAUCCGAGCCAAUGUUCCGACAGCACGUCCGGUGUUGCAGAUCCGGACAUUCGAUGACGACAACGUUACUAUAUACAGCAAACCGGAAGGAGUUAGUAUCUUUAUCCAGCUGCAUGCAAAGCCAAAGGGCACAUCAGCCAUGGCCAGCUUGACGUUGACCAACCCUGGACCAGAAGCGUUAUCUUUUGGCCUUUCGCCGUACGACUAUCCUGAACCUCUUUGGCCAACUGAAAAGUAUGGCUUGAUCUACUUUCUCCAGCCAGAAGGAGUACUGGAAGAAGGCAAUGUCCAUAUUCUGACAGCUGUUUACGAGAGCCACGCAUAUGGAAAUUUCGCUGAAUCAUACAAAAUGUGGUUAUUACCUAAAGGAACGAAACCUGAUAACAUUGUCAUUGUUGUAAAUGGCACUAGUGAAGGAAGAACUGAAAACACCGGACAGGAGAAGGAUGAAAACGAAACUUGCCUCAACAGUGCUACGAAUAUGGACAUUAUGGCAUCGUCGCUCGAAGUCGAGCAUCGUCUCAGAAAUCUGCUUCAUACCGUUGAAUCAACGGAAGCACCGAAACUCACUACACUAGAGGAAAUCUUUAUGAGCGAAAACAAUCUGGAAUAUCAAGCGGAGCCAGUGACGAAACUACUGUAUAUAUGGAUUUUCAUUCAUCUGCACCCUGAUAGUAUUCCAUGGUACCAGUGCUUGAUCGAAACAGAAAUCGCACACAGAAACCGCCAUCCCGGUGAAGUUACAAAGGUCAUGCUGGAUGAACUGGCUGCAGCUCAUGCAACGUCUUCAUUAUCGCAGACAACCAAUCCACCGGCUUAUCUCUACAAUAAAACACCUUCAUCUACCGAAUUCGUCUACUGGAAAGACCCACAUGAAAUUUUUAAAUGUGAUGUUCAUGACAAAGAUUUUCCGCUUCCAGAUUCUGCCUCAAAGCCGGAUGAUAGAAAGAUUCAUGUCAAUGUCACUCCGAUCGCAGCCGAUGCAGAUCGACACUUGAUUCGAAAACCGCCCCCACAAUUUGUUUCCGAACCGCCUCGUUUCAGUAUAAAUGGAUCUACUGUGACCGAAAAGACGGAAAAUGAGCAACUUCCCCAAAGAAUAACUACGGACACCGGCUAUUCGAAACCAGAAAAGCCACAACAAUCCAGAUUGUCCGAACCGGACUCAGAAUGGGCUCCCGUGCAGUUGGUCAAUGAUGAAAAAAGCAACCCUCAGCGAGCUGUAAUUCAGCGCAAAGCAGAGGCUACCAAGCCACCUGCUUUUAGCUUAACGAUGCGGACCUUUAAUGCACCACAGGACCCACCACCACCUCCGGAUCCAGAGAAACUUGCACUAGAUGCCCUAGUCGAUGAACGCUGGCGACAGUUUUGGAUGGACCAAGAGUGGAUCAAAACGGCUGUCACUUAUGCUUUAAACAAGCACAGUAACCCUAACACUCCGAAGCCGGUCGUCCCUACCUGGGAUUACCGUAUCAAGACACUGAAAGAGCACAUCCAUAAAUCAUCCAGUCACAACAUUUUUGUCAAGCUGGCUUUGAUACGCGAGAUAAUGAAAGUGCAGCAGACAUUGAUACAUCUAAAGCCCAGAUGCAAACUAAACUUUAACCGCGAUGAAGAGAUCGAACAACUGAUUUUAGCCACAUUGGAAACUAUUGUGGAGAAAACUACUGUUUACGCCAGGGAUUUGUAUGGACACUUUGAAAAAUACGCCGCGCAGCUGACUCCGGAAGAACCAGCAGUGCCAGUAGAAUUACAAAAGGCCAGAGAAAAGAUCCGAGUGGACGAUACUGCAGCGUCGGUGAAAUCUGGUUCAAAAGGUAAGAAACUGCGAACACCAGAUACUGGACUGGAUGAGCAAAGCAGCAAUGUUAAGACAAGAAGCGCACGAGAUAGUGGAGAAAAGACAGCGCUUGCCGUCAAUCGACCAUCCAAAUCCGGUGUCAGCUCAGCUAAAUCGAGCAUAGCGGGGAAGGACCUCAAACGAGGUGCCAGUGCCAAUGCAAAUGCCGAAAGUAGUAAAAGCGAGAAGGACACCAAGCAGCAGCUUCUAGCCAUCGAGGCGGAAUACGAUGCUGCAAUGGAGAUCUACGAAGCAAAAAUGACUGAAUUCCGACAGUGGCGCCAAGAAAAAGAAAUGCAACUGGGGCCGAAAAUUCGGUCGUUUUUUAUUAGUGUAUGGGAACAGGAGCUAAGUUAUUUUCACGACAGCAUUACCAAAUCACUCCAACUAACACGACAGUUGGAAGAAAAAGCGCUGGACGACGAUUAUAAAAGGGAAAUCAUGGCAAAGCGCGAGGUGACCUUAAACAAAUUAUAUGAAAACCUCGUGGAAAGCGGUGGGAAUGUGGCUAUUGCGGCGGCGGCCUGGCGGAAGCAGAUUAGUGGUGAUAUAAUGCGCGACGAUGAGAAGAAAAAGUACCGUGAGAUUAAUGAUAAAUGGGAGCAACGACGCAGAGAAGUUGAAGUCUGGAGAAAAGACCGCCCACGUGAAUGCUACCGUAUGGUUACAGAAAAUAUUUGGCAUUCACCGUACAUUUAUGAGAAGCAGGCAGAACUAGAAGAACCUAUACCGCGCAGACACCGAGAGGGAAUGCUCCCAAACGACGGAGUCAGAAAAGUUGAACAAAACUUACCAAAAGCAGCCGAUGGCGCCAGAAAGAUACUACCGGGUACUGCUGCCAUGACAGAGCAUCCGAGCUCCACAUCAGUUUCUGUCGAACUGCGAUAUGCUGCAUCAGGCAAAACUGUUCUGCCACAAGUUCAACAGGCACUUGCUGCAGCAAGCAUUCUACAAAGCGCGAUCAGUGGAAUCAACUCCUUGCAGGAUGAAAAGGACAAAGAGGAAACGGCAACUGCUCUGGACCAGGAUGACUGGAUUACAGAGAAGCGACCAAAAACUGACAUCAUGUAUACCCCCAUGAAUGCCGAAACGGAGGCUAAGCUGCCCAGUGAUUUUAAAUUGGUCUCAUUUAAACAAGGAAGCGGUAAGAAUGAUUUGAAUAAUGAUGUGCUGGUGCAGAAGCGUGCAGCAGUAGCGGAUUUUGCCUCUGCGAAGGAAGCACACUCCAGCAGUAGUGAUGAGGACUGAAUAAACGACGACUCACUGAAAGUCAUUUAUUUUCUUGUACUGUCACACCAGAAAUUGAGGCAAAAAUACUAAGAAUUGUGGUUAAUCAAAGAAUAUUAAUUCAAAUGCAA